GCCGCGCCGCCCUUUCCGCCCGUGCGGGGAACCCCGCAGCGGAUAUAGCGGCUCCCGCCUGGCGCCCGCCCCUUUCCCUGGCCGCCGCCUGCACGCCGCCAUGCCCCUGGCCAAGGACCUGCUGCACCCGUCCCCCGAGGAGGAGAAGCGGAAGCACAAGAAGAAGCGGCUGGUGCAGAGCCCCAAUUCCUACUUCAUGGACGUCAAGUGCCCCGGCUGCUACAAGAUCACGACGGUGUUCAGCCACGCGCAGACCGUGGUGCUGUGUGUGGGCUGCUCCACCGUGCUGUGCCAGCCCACCGGCGGCAAGGCCCGGCUCACAGAGGGCUGCUCGUUCCGGAGGAAGCAGCACUGAGCGCGAUGGAGGGUCGCGGGCGGCUGGGGGGUCCCGGCCCCGCUGCCCCCCCCCUGCCCCCCACCGCCUGCUCCCAAUAAAUUUUGGAUAAAACACA